GGGGAGCUCCUUCUCUGCAGCGAAAGAUGCAGGUCAAAACACACUGCGAGCUCCUUUUGUGUUCUCUGUCUUUGGGAUUGUCUUCAUCGCUUUCUUUACGGAAGUGCAAGACUCCAUCAGUGAUAUUAUUGAGUCUGCCUACCGCUCCUCUUAUUAUCACUCGAUCGACGAGGACAUAGUCCCCCCUUCCCCCCCCUUCCAAACGUCUUUCCCGUCUUGACACAAAGACAUCCUAGACGUUUGAACUUGUUCAACAUGCCUCCUCGAAGGAAGAGCAAAUAUGCUAUGCCGCCCGUGGUCUUCAACAACGAAUCGGACGACAAUUACGAACCCGCGGCUCCUGAAGAUGUCCUUUCUCCUGAUCCAUCAAAAGUACACCAACUACCACCUCCCCCUGGUCCAAGGCCAAAAAGGACCAAGACCGUCAUCAAAGAGAACGACAGUGUAGUACCAGAGCCCGCCGAGCCCAACUCCGAUCUCGACGAUGUGAAGAGUACAGACGCUGAUGACGAAAAUGACUAUUUGGAAGCUCUUCUCAUUGCCGAGUGCUCGCGGGAUCAAGAACUCGACGAGGAGUAUGAGGAUGACGAGGGGAGUGAUGCCCAGGUCCCGGACGCCGAGUCGGUAAACGGGAGCCGUCGACGACACGUCCGAAGACCCGUUUCUCGACCCAGGGUCAGCAGAGUCGCAAUCCUACACUGCGAACUUCGAGGCUCUUGCUCUGACCCUGUUGUCGGAGAUGAAAAACGAGUAUCCAAGGAUGGGCGGUAUUAGAUCAAUUGGUGUUGUUACCUAUAGGCCCCAUUUGACGGUAGAAGCAAGUUGCAAACGUGUGAAUCGAACUGAGGGCUACAGCAGAGAGUGUGGAAGGGGACCACGUAGGUGAAAACACCGCUUGACAACUUCUAUACUACCCAAGGGGGUGAAAGUAAGAUUGGG